CCAUGGGGACCUGGAUGCUGACGAAGGCUCGCGAGGCUGUGAGCAGCCACAGUGCCCUGCUCAGAAGCCCCAAGCUCGUCAGUCAAGCCGGUUCUCCAUUUGCACUCAGGAGCACGGGCAGGCGAGUGGCCCCUAGUUCUGGGGGCAGUGCUUCAGCAUCCCAGUCCUAGUUCCCAGUCUAAAGCCUCGCCUGCCUGCCCAGUGCCAGGAUGGCUACCAUCACCUGCACCCGAUUCACAGAAGAGUACCAGCUCUUUGAGGAACUGGGAAAGGGAGCCUUCUCUGUGGUGCGCAGGUGUGUGAAGGUGCUGGCUGGUCAGGAGUAUGCUGCCAAGAUUAUCAACACCAAGAAGCUUUCAGCCAGAGAUCACCAGAAGCUGGAACGUGAGGCCCGCAUCUGCCGCUUAUUGAAGCACCCCAAUAUCGUCCGACUCCAUGACAGCAUCUCUGAGGAGGGGCACCACUACCUUAUCUUUGAUCUGGUCACUGGUGGGGAGCUGUUUGAAGACAUUGUGGCCCGGGAGUAUUACAGUGAAGCUGAUGCCAGCCACUGUAUCCAGCAGAUCUUGGAGGCUGUGCUACACUGUCACCAGAUGGGGGUGGUGCAUCGUGACCUGAAGCCUGAGAAUCUGUUGCUGGCUUCGAAGCUCAAGGGCGCUGCUGUGAAGCUGGCAGACUUUGGCCUGGCCAUAGAGGUGGAAGGGGAGCAGCAGGCAUGGUUUGGGUUCGCAGGGACACCUGGAUACCUCUCCCCAGAAGUGCUGAGGAAGGACCCAUACGGGAAGCCCGUGGACCUGUGGGCCUGUGGCGUCAUCCUGUAUAUCUUGCUGGUUGGGUAUCCCCCGUUCUGGGAUGAAGACCAGCAUCGCCUGUACCAGCAGAUCAAAGCUGGUGCCUAUGAUUUCCCAUCACCAGAAUGGGACACCGUCACCCCAGAAGCCAAGGAUCUGAUCAAUAAGAUGCUGACCAUCAACCCGUCCAAACGCAUCACGGCCGCUGAGGCUCUCAAGCACCCAUGGAUCUCGCACCGCUCCACCGUGGCCUCCUGCAUGCACAGACAGGAGACCGUGGACUGCCUGAAGAAGUUCAAUGCCAGGAGGAAACUGAAGGGAGCCAUCCUCACCACUAUGCUGGCCACCAGGAACUUCUCCGGAGGGAAGAGCGGAGGAAACAAGAAGAACGAUGGUGUGAAGAAAAGAAAGUCCAGUUCCAGCGUUCAGUUAAUGGAAUCUUCUGAGAGCACCAACACCACCAUUGAGGACGAAGACACCAAAGUGCGCAAACAGGAAAUUAUCAAAGUGACAGAGCAGCUGAUCGAAGCCAUAAGCAAUGGAGACUUUGAGUCCUACACGAAGAUGUGUGACCCUGGAAUGACAGCCUUUGAACCGGAGGCCCUGGGGAACCUGGUGGAGGGCCUGGACUUUCAUCGAUUCUAUUUUGAAAACCUGUGGUCCCGGAACAGCAAGCCGGUGCACACCACCAUCCUGAACCCUCACAUCCACCUGAUGGGUGACGAGUCAGCCUGCAUCGCCUAUAUCCGCAUCACUCAGUACCUGGAUGCGGGCGGCAUACCCCGCACGGCCCAGUCAGAGGAGACCCGCGUCUGGCACCGCAGGGACGGCAAAUGGCAGAUCGUCCACUUCCACAGAUCUGGGGCGCCCUCCGUCCUGCCGCAUUGAAGGACCAGGCCAGGGUCCCUGCGUCCUUGCUUCGCAGAGAUCCGCUCUUUGUCCGUGGAAUGUGGCUGCUGGUUCUCCUUUGGAUUUUGCUGGAAUUCUCCCUGUCAGAUCACCCUACCAUUGCCACCUCUGUACUUGCGUCAUGAAAACCUGCUUGUUCACAGAAGUCGCCACAACAUCACAGUGAACAGCCAGCUCUCCCCAGCUAUGUUGCCCAAGCUCUUCCUGCCAGUGGGGACCUUCUUCCGGCUCAAGUACCCAGGGUGCUGGCCCCAGGAACCCCCACCCCUUACCCACUGUUGUUGGCCUGGCCUAGCUUUAGCUAUAGAUAAGGCCUCAGCUGUGCAAUUGGCAGGAAAUGAGGAAGAGGCAGGCAAGCUGUGUUGAGAGCACCUCUUGUCAAUUCCUUCUCUCCUGGGGUCUCCGGGGAAGCUCACACGAGGCCCUCAGUCUCCAAGCCAACCCCUUCUGAGGGAGAGUGAGAGAGGAGCCAACGUCAGUGAGCCAGGAACUGCUGCUCUCAUCUGCUCUCCUCUGUGCUGGCCUUGCCUUUGACCAGACCAUCCGCCACGGGGGAGGGGGUGGGCUCUACCGCCCCGGUGCCCCACUCACUCUGCCUCAGUCCUCCUGUGAAGUUUGCCUCCAGUGUUGACCCACCCACCCUGCCCUUCAACGUCCUUGGAGAAUUCCAGCCUCAUCUGUCUGAGAGGAGAUCGGAAGGUGUUUCAGGGGCAAAGCAAGCAACAUUUAGGUAUCACUUCUACUUGGACGCAUGCCUUUUUACAGCCAAACUUCCGUGUAUUUCGUAAAUGGAUUUUGCGUUAACGGACAUCUAUGUGAUAACUAGACCUCUCAAGUUUACUGUAAAGAAGAGUCAGAUGGGUUGGGAAGUGGGUGGGAAGAGGAGUGAGAGGAAGUUUUUACCCCGUUCCAGAGGUUUUUUUGGGGGAGGGAGGGUGUCCCUUCUGAGGGAGGGUGCUUUCUGAGGUGGCCUCACACCCCAGGGAGCACGGCUUUCUUCCAUUAUGGUCCCCAAAGUCAGCUGACAAGAUUUCUUCCAGAGCCAGCAUGACUAACACACAGUGAGUCAGGUCAGGGGAGGCCAUCAGGAAGGGAUUAUCUAGACUUGGCAUCUCUGGAACUGGAGAGAGACCUUACUAUUCUACUUCCCGGGAAAUCUUUCACCGUAUCCUUGUGCUAUCCCCUCCUCAGCCCAGCCCCCACUCACCACCUUCUAGGCACAUUAUUCUCAUCACCUCUCUCAACUUGGCCAAGCAAGAGUGCCAGAAACUUAUUUUCCUAUUUCAUGCUGAACUUGGCCUGGUGUGCGCUCUAUUGUGCUUGCCUGCCUACCCGGCCUUCCUCGCCUCCCCUGCCCCGGACACACACACACACACACACACACACACACACACAGGCACUCAUACCACUUCCUUCCUCCCCCCCCCUUUCUCUUUCUCUUCUUCUCUCCCUCUUCCUGGGUUUGGCUCUUGUAUGGAAUGCUGUAUCUCAUUCACGGGGAUCUCCUGUCUGCACUGUUUUCUUUGCAUGACUUUAUAUGCAGUAAGUAUGUUGAAAAACAAACAAAAAAACAAAAAAGGAGAAAAAUACUCAACAAAAUCAAACAACACAUUUUUUUUUUUGGACAAAAAAAUAAUAACAUUCAAGGUAAUAGUCUCAGUGUCCAACUUGGACUUACGUUGCUGCCUCUCCGUGCUUUUGGUCUCUCCGUGGCUAUGUUUUGCCAGCAUGAGACCCUGUUCCCUCUGGAAGUUGCUAGGGGAGAAAGAGCCAUGCGUCCAGGGGUUUGGAGACAGCUUUGUCCUCUCGGCUUUUCUGAGGGUCGAUGGGAGCAGAAGUGGAAGGGAUGUUUAAUCCAGAACUUUCUGGUAUUCCCCUUUCGCCUACAUGUGAGCUAUAUCCUGGGCUCUUCUCUCAAAUCCUGCUGCCCAGGGACAAGUACAGGGUAGAAGAGUGGCUCUCUUGUCAAAGCCGCUCCACUGUAGCCUCUGCCCUUGGUAGAGACACUGCUACCCAGGCCCAAGAAUGGGUCCUUGUCCUGCCCCAGAACCAGGCUUCUUCAUAAGGCUCAGCAAGGCCAUUGUCCCCAGAUAAAGGUAAAGGAGGGUGUGGCCUUUACCAGGGGACACUGCAAUCUCCAUGCAGGAUCUACAAUCCCUUCUUUAAGCCUCAGUUUCUCCAUCAAUGUUCCUACCCAGACUGAUGGAGGGUCAGAGUAAAAGAUGUCACAAGCACCCAUCACCUCUGAGAGCUUGUUGGGUUUGUCACUGGCUGGCCCUCUUAUGCACCAGGCCUGGCCAACCCCCACCCUUUCCUCUGUGUGCCCCUCAUUUUACUAUUUGGUGCCAGUCCGUUGAUGACCAGCAAUGGACUGCAGGGGGAAGAAGUGUUUGGGGGCUCUGAUCCCGGGUUCUGACCAGAUCCAGGUUUUGUGUAGCUUUGGGUAAAUCCUUUGCCCUCUUCAGGCUUUAGUUUCCCCAACCAGAAGACGCCUAUGCCCUGCCUUCCGUUGGCUAACAUGCCCCUGUCCACUAUGUGCUUGUUCACAUGUGGGAAAAGUGGAGGCAGGUCCCUGCCCCAGUCUGAGACGGCCCCCUCUGCAGAGGCCACUCCUGUGGGUGGGCAGCCAACUAAUGAAGACCUUGGGACACUACGAUGGCCCCAAGGUUGCAGGCAGGGGAACUGGCAGAAAAACUGCCCAGAGCCCACCCUCAUCUGACAAGCUCCAUGCUCCAUCCAAAUACCCUCCAGAUGAAAAAAAAAAAAAAAAGAGAGAGAGAAAGAAACAAAGAGUCAAAUCAUAUUUAUAGGAAAAGCGUCUCCAGCCCUAUGCACCUUAGCUCAAAUCCUGCCCCAUGGCUUCCCCACCCCCUUCAAAGGGUUAGAGAGCCUUGGGGGAAUGCGUUUGCCAGGCCCCGUGCUGGCAUCUUUGUUACUAUUUGUUUAGGGUUUUGUUCUAGUUCUCUCUCUCUCUCUCUCUCUCUCUCUCUCUCUCUUUCUUUUUUAAUCUGUGGCUGUGAACUUGAAUGACCACUGCUCAAACUUUCUGCUACUGGGGGGUGGGGGAGGGGAGAAGAGAUGUCUGGUUUAUUCUUGGCGUUUUCAGUGGAAUAAAUAGCUACAAAUUUA